AUGGACGAGGGCGCCAGGAAGAAGACGGCGAAAGCGAACAACCAAAUAAGGCUAGCGGAGGUGCACGAACUGAGGGCACUUGUGAUUGAGGAGUACGAGGAAUACCUCAAGUUGGUGAGGAAUGCCGAAUGCCAACAGCAAAAGUUGCAGCAAAACUGGGCCAAGUUUCACCUUUUUUACGAGCAAAAUGGGUUGACCACGUUUGGGCAUAACGCACGGAAGAAGAAGAAGAAGAAGAAGAAGAAGCACCCGGGGAGGGAAAACAAACAAAACGAAAAGGAAAAAAAAAAAAAAAAAAAAACUCAUCCCGAAUAUUCCUCCCCCACCACUCACUGCGCACAUUACGAGAAUUACCAAUCCAUCGAAGACGAUUUAAAAAUAAUUAAACGGAGAGAAAGGCAAAGCAACUGCUACUAUUUCAAGGCAAAUAACAACAACGACAAUAGCAAACAUUUCAUCCUACAUAUUUUAAAAGAUAUUCCUCUCGCGGUGGAAUUGUACAUAAACAUAAAAAUCGAGGCAAUCAAUAAAAUAAAAAAUAAUAUACUCACAGAUAUGGAUCAUUUUUGCAAAACCAGAAUGAACAAAAUUAUUCUGCUCAUCCUCCUGUGUGAAGUCAAAUUAAAUAAUCUGUACAUUCGCCAAAAGGACGUUAGCCAGGGAGAAAAUAAGGUGGACAUUCGCUUAACAGGAAAUAUAAUUCGCCUUUGUCAUAGCGUUAUACAAGAG